ACUGCAUGCAUACAAGCAAGCUGCUCAAAUCAGUCACACAAACUCACAGUACCUGUUUUCAGCUCAUUCGCUACCCAGACCUAGGCGGACAGUGUAUGUCUCAUGCAGUUAUCGACUGCUCACACAUACCAAUUUUAAGUACCUUUAGAACCGUUGUUCUCACAAAUCCAAAGUCUUUACCCCUACACAUACAAGUUGGUAAACUUCUCACAAUUUUAAUCUGCCAAUAACGCCAGGAACCUUUUUCUUGAAGUAGUUUGUUCCGAUUAAUCCCCACGACCAUGAAACGUUCCAACUGGCUAUCGUUGGCCGUGUCGCUGGCGACGUUGAUGACGAUGAGCACCCCUUCGGUGAUGGGAAACAACAAUGAGACAGCUGCUAUCAUGUUCCUGGAUGAAUACAACGAACAGGCCAUGGUGGAAUACUAUAAAGAUGUAGCUGCAUCUUGGACAUACAACACAAACAUUACAGAUUACAACCAAGAACAAUCGGUAGCUGCUAGUCUAGCCGCAUCAAACUUUGAGAAUGGAAUGAGAACACGGGCCCUAGAAUUUAACCAGACAGGUUUCUCGGAGAACACUAAACGUCUGCUGAACAAAAUUAUUUACAUCGGUGACGCUGCUAUAGAGCGCCAGGAAGAUUUAGUAGAGCUGACUAACCUACUGGCGCAGAUGGAGACUCGUUACUCGACAGGAAAGCCUUGCAAAGAGGACGGCACAUGCUAUUCUCUAGAACCAGAUCUCACUAGGAUCAUGUCUGAGUCACGCGACUACCAGGAGCUUUACUGGGCAUGGGAUGCCUGGCGUGAUGAGGUCGGGGCUCCAGCCCGUCAGGAUUACGCUCGAUACGUCGAGCUGAAAAAUAUAGGCGCUCAAGCAAACGAUCAACCAGACAAUGGCGCCUAUUGGCGUUCUUGGUAUGAGGUGGAUAACUUGGAAGAAAUGACUGAAGAGCUAUACACCCAGCUCUCACCUCUGUACAAUAACCUACACGCAUACGUACGUAGGAAGCUAUACGAGGUCUAUGGCGGAGACUACAUUAACCUACGGGGACCCAUUCCUGCUCAUAUCUUUGGUAACAUGUGGGCUCAGUCUUGGCUUCAGUUGCUAGAUCUCUGCAUACCCUACCCCAAUAAACCCAGCGUGGAUAUCACUCCAGUCCUCAUUGAAAAGGGUUACACUCCGCUGAGAAUGUUUGAAGUAUCGGAUGAGUUUUUCACUUCACUCGGACUGAUCGCCAUGCCUGAAGAGUUCUGGAACGAGUCUAUGCUCGAAAAACCCAAUGAUGGUCGUGAAGUCGUGUGCCAUGCUUCAGCUUGGGACUUCUACAACCAAAAGGAUUUCAGAAUCAAGCAAUGUACAGAUAUCACUCAGACCGACUUCAUCACAAUCCACCAUGAGAUGGGGCACGUCGAGUAUUAUAUGCAGUACAAAGACCUCCCAGUGCCAUACAGACGAGGUGCCAACCCUGGAUUUCACGAGGCCGUUGGCGACGUUCUCUCUCUUUCGGUCUCGACACCGAAGCAUCUUCACUCCAUCGGUCUUUUGAAUGAAGUUUCGAACGACGAGGAGGCUGAUCUGAACUUCCUGAUGAGCAUGGCGUUGGACAAGAUUUCCUUCCUGCCAUUCGGUUACCUGAUGGAUCAGUAUAGAUGGCGAAUCUUUGAUGGGACGACCCCAGAAUCCAAGUAUACUGAAGACUGGUGGAAACUUAGACUGCAGUACCAGGGUAUCAUCCCACCUGUUACUCGCACAGAAGAAGAUUUUGACCCUGCAGCCAAGUUCCACAUCCCGGCCGAUGUGCCUUACAUCAGGUAUUUCAUCAGUUUUGUCAUACAGUUCCAGUUCCACGAUGCUUUAUGUAAAGCUGCAGGACAAACGGGUCCUCUUCAUAAGUGUGAUAUCUACCGAUCAACCGAAGCUGGAACCCUACUGUCAAACAUGCUCAAAAAGGGUUCCAGUGAGACUUGGCCUAAUGCCAUGGAAGCCAUCACGGGGUCUCGAACCAUGAACGCUACGGCUCUAAUCUCCUACUUCCAGCCCCUGAUAACCUAUCUCGAGGCUGAGAAUGAACGAAAUGGUGACGUCCCCGGUUGGCCGGAAUCUUACACACCCGCAGAUCCAAACUUUGGAGUAACCGUUCAGCCUUCAACAGCAGCGAUCUUCCUCUGCCUGUUCUUUAUACUUGCGAGAAUAUUCUAGCAAAGUGCAAUUAUAUUUUUAACACUCAACAUACUCUCGGCCAUGGCCCGCCACAUCAGAAUGGUAUUAUGGUAUAAAAUUAGAACGGAUUUUCGGCGUCUUCUCUCUUAUUUUGACGUGACAGGUCACAAAACACACCUGCUUUCCAAAGAAGGGGUGAACCGAUAAAAAAGGCGAUAGUGCAUGUACCGAGGUGAAACUUCUACUGUAUCAAUAAAUCGUAGAUAAUUAUACAGAAUAUGUAACAACAAAUUAUCAAAUGUCCCCAUAAAUGUACGGUAAAAGGACGAAGAUAUAUCGGUUCAAUAGUCGAUAGUAAAAUAGCUAAAUAGUUUAAUAGUCAAAGGUU